AUGGCUCACGUCUCUGCAACAAUGCUCACCUGUAGAUCUGUUUUCAUCUCCUUACCCUUCUUCUUCGUCUUCUCCGUGGUUUCUCAAUUAUCAGACCAAAUCGCGGAGAAGAAAUCUGUUCGAAUUCUGUCGAGGACACUCAUCGGAGACGACGGUAGAGUCUAUGCUUGCUCCGACAACGACUUCUUCUCCUUCGAGUCUAAUGGUUCAAUAGCUUGGUCGGUACAUAUGAAUUUCAAAUGUAACACUGAUUUUCCUCCGGUUUAUUCCGGCUUAAACCAGAUGCUUGUUCUUGCAGAGAAUCGAAUCCUGAGAGUUAAUUUCCCAAGAAACGGAACCAAAUUCGAACCGGAAUUGUUCUUCGAUCCCGGUGAAACGAUCCUCGGUUUCGCUGUUAGCAUAUCGAGUUCUUCGGUUUACAUCACGGUUAAGAAUCAUGGUCUUUACGCCUAUAAUAUGCUUCGGCAGCAACUCUGGAUUGCAGAGCCUAAGACCGAACGAUUCGGAUACCGAUUAGGAUGUCGAAAGGAUUACGAUAACUGUACAUUCGAUUCUCGACCAGUGAUUGAUUCUUGCCAAGGAAGCAUCUAUAUUGCAAACAAUGAAGGGGAACUCUACUCGUUAUCUCUCCGUGGCACUUACUACCAAUGGAUUCAAGAUUUUACUCUAGUGGAUCGUUUCUUCACCGUUACACCGGGGAAUAACGGUCUAGUCUACGUCGUUUUCCCUAUGAAAUCGCUUGUUUUCGCGUUAGAUUCGUUUUCCGGCAACAUUUUGUGGCAAAAUACUGUCGGUCCAUUAGCAGAAACAUCUGGUUCAGACCCUGUCAUAGACUCAAACAGUUGGGUAUCGAUUGGUUCACUAGAUGGGUCAUUGUACUCCUUCUCAAGAAUAGGGGAGCUUUAUAAGAUACCCAAAAACGCACUAACAGAUUCAGUAAUCCAAAUAGAGCCAUUACUCGAUUGCUCCGGCUAUGCGGUUUAUGUUUCUCAGACAAAACUAGAAGGAAAGCUCGACCUUGUCAUUGAAGAUUAUACUUAUGUGUCGGCCAAGAAACCAGAGACCGCGGUCUUUUCACUUGUAGUUCCAGAGGCAAAAUCUAUCCAUUGGUCGCAGAGUUAUUCUGAUCAAAUUGCAGGUUUGUUAUUAGAUGAAGAUCUACAACAUUUUGUGUUGGACGAGAGGAUUGUUCUUGCUUUCGUUGCUGCAUCUAAUCGUGGCAAUCCAUUUCAAUGUCGUUCCAAACAUGAGAAGCUAUCAUCUAGCUGUUCGUUUGCAGAACCUGAGCAUCUUGAUAUCUACAUUGGUAACGAAAGAGCGAUAAUUUGGUUUAUACUCUUCGAGUUUGUGAUCAUGAUCAUAUUUGCGGCUCUUGUGAGGUUCUGUUUUAUAUUCUGGAAGAAAAAAAAGCUUCAAGGACGUCCAUUCAGUACUUUCUUGGACAAAAGACGUUUGCUGCACAGGAAGAAGAGAGAAAUCGAUAAAUCAAUAACAAAACUUCAGAAUGAAUCGAAGGCUGAUGAAUUCAUGGUUGAUCAAAUCGGUGAUCUGGUUCAAGAGAGGGAAAAUGUGAACAGGAAACUCUGUUCGACCUAUAGCCUUGGAAGAGACAUAGAUGAGUCAAAGUCAAAGUCAAAAGAUUAUGUUCUUCCAUUGUACGGAGGAGGUUCUAGAAGCUUCUCUUUCCGAAAUAGGGAGAACGAAAGUGUCACGAUUUUGCAAACACCACACGAUGAGUCCUCAGAAGAAGAGAGCCAUAGGGACCAACAAUAUAGUGGUGAUGAUGAUGUCACGGAUGAUGAUAACUUGGACUGGAAGCAAAAGGGAAAAUUGCUCGCUCAUUCAGAGGGCUCUUCCAAUGAUGGUGAUGAUGAUGAAUCAUGCGGUAUUGCAAGCGGUAGAAGAAGCAUAUAUUUGAAGAAGAGGUCAUUAUCUUUGACGACUAAAUAA